AUGCAUUUUAACUUUGUUGCCUUUCUUUCGCUUGUCCUAGCAUUAGGAACAUCCGCUGCGGGAGCAGGUCGCCAUAUCAAGCUCACGAACAACACUAUGUAUGGCCAGGCAAUAGUCAGGAACCAGUGCAAAGAGCCUCUGUACUUGUGGUCUGUGGGCCGGAUGAUCAGCCCCCAGAUAGUCAUUCAGUCUGGCCAAAACUACUCAGAGGUCUUCCGGCGCGAUCAAAAGACUGGUGGCAUUGCCAUCAAGAUCACCACUGUGAUGGACGGAUUAUACAACAGCGCACCACAAACAAUUUUCGCAUACAAUCUGGUCGAUGACAUUGUUUGGUAUGAUUUGUCGGAUGUCUUUGGGGAUCCGUUUAGGGGAGAACCCGUGACCCUGAUGCCGUCGCAACCAGAGAUCCGGUGGGAGGAAGGGGUUCCGCCCCGUGGAAGCCAAGUGCGAAUGCAGGAAGCGUCAAAUGAUUUGACCUUGACGAUCUGCUAA